UAUGGUCAUGCAACGCCCAAGACUGAAGUGGGCAAGUUUCUCACCAUUUUGUACGCCCUGGUUGGUAUACCACUCGUGUUCCUCUAUCUAUCAAACAUUGGUGACUAUUUAGCCGACGUUUUUCGAGCUCUUUAUUCACGCACAUGUCGAACCACAUGCGAACGGUUUUGCUCGUUCUCCAUACUGGCAUCCAUUUUCCGUUCUUUGGCCCGUCCGGAGCAUAUACCAACGGAUAUUAUGGAAGCUGAGGAACCGUUGCCCCGAAUGAAUGAGCCAAUUGCUCACGCGCAUUACAGGCGCAAGAAAAGAGUGCUGUUAAAAAAGAUCUGUCGGGUGGACCCGGUCGUGGAUGGUGAUUCACCGGAACUCGGAAGUGAUGAGAUCCCCGAAAGGAGCGUGGAGGAUGGUGUGUUGAAAACAAAAACGGAUAAGAAAUCAGAACAACAACAACAACCAAGUUAUAUUUCGUCAAAUCUUAGGAAGCUCUAUCAAAGAAUGCGGGAACUACUGUCACCAAAGUCCCCUAAAGUGGAAGAAAUGGUUAAAAUUAAUGCCGAACAUAGUUCGAAUCAUUGCUAUCCAGUAGGUGAAGCCGCAACCGGACUAGUAUUUUUAUAA